AUGGCCUGCUGUGGACGUAACAACGGCAACUGCGUGUGCGCUCAAGAAGCCACUUGCUCGUGCGGCAAGCAGAAAGCCCUUCAAUGCACUUGCGAGAAGGCCGCCACGGAGAACAAGCUCCCCACCAGCACAUGCGCCUGCGGAAAGCGCGCUGAAGAUGCUUGCACUUGCAGCCGCUCGGCAGACAACGGCUCUUCCUCGCUUGAGACCGACUUCACGUCUAAGAAAUAG